UAUAUUUAUAGAAUCUGCUCCAUGUUAAAGGAAUCAGCAGCAGACCCUUUUGAUUUCUUGAGCUCUUUUUCAUCAUCAAAGAAAUGAAAGAUUCAGUAGGCUCAGCUCAGUCAUGUCCAGUACUCAAGUUAUUGUCCAACAAGGUUGGAAAUAUACUGUGUUUUUGGAAUGCACCAAACAAGUACAGAAGAUUGGAUGCUAAGCUUGAAGCAAAAAUGAUGGAGCUUAAAAGAAGUUCAUCAGUGCAAACCAAUUUCAGGUCAAUCAAUAGCAUAAUCUUGAAAUUUCCUCAGUUCAAAGAGGGGUUGAAGGAGAUAAAAGGUGUCUUUGAACAGUUCGAUGAAGAUUCAAAUGGGACUAUUGACCGGGAAGAACUAAAGAAAUGCGUAAAGAAGCUGCAAUUUCAUGUUAAAGAGGAGGAAAUUGAUGAUCUUUUUCACUCGUGUGAUGUGGAUGAAAAAGAAGGGAUUCAAUUCAAUGAGUUCAUUGUUCUUCUAUGUCUUAUCUAUCUCUUGACGGAUUCAUCCUCCUCUCGCAAUACGUCGAAGAUUGGCUCACCAGAGCUAGAAGCAACAUUCAAUACAAUAGUUGAGGCAUUCUUGUUUCUUGAUAAAAAUGGUGAUGGGAAGCUGCACAAGAAAGAAGUCGUCAAGGCAUUAAACGACGAUUGUCCUUCCGAAAAAUCCCCUUCUCAUGUCACUCGGAUUCGAUUCAAAGAAAUGGACUGGGACAGGAGUGGCAAGGUCAGCUUCAGGCAAUUUCUUUUCGCAUUUCUUGAUUGGGUUGGUGUAAACACAGACGAUGAGAAUCACGCGACUGAAAGGUAGACCGAGUGCUCAAGGCCAAAGACAAGCAAGGAAAGAAUGUGAAGCAAGGUCAGACUUGUAUCUGUACAUAUACAAUAGUUCACUGUAAACGUUAUUCGUUGGUGCCAAAUAAGCUUUCAUAUUAACGUUAUAUUCUGCUAUUGUAUCAAACAACAACAACCCAGUAAAAAUCCCACAAGUGGGGUCUGGGGAGGGUAGUGUGUACGCAGACCUUACCCCUACCCCGAAGGAGUAGAGAGGUUGUUUCCGAUAGACUCUCGGCUCAAAAAGACAAAAAGAGACAAUAGAUCGGUACCAGCAAC